UGGAUCACUGGAUGUGUUCUUUUUCAACACACACAUUUUAGGGAGCUGUCAGAUGCUGCCAUUUGGGGUGAAGCCCCUAAAUGAAAAUGCAGAUGCGUGUAUGCCAAGGCAUGACACAGAUAAAGGUGGGGCUUUGCCCGCUCGGGUAUUUCAGAGCCUUCCUCUUGGAGUUAUGACUGCAGAAGGAGUCCUGGGGCACGUUCUGGAGACUUUGGUUUCCAUGGGCAGCAUGAGGCACCGAAGAAAUGGCAAUUUUGAGAGUUCCAGGCUGCUCUAUUCCAGCAUGUCUCGCAGCAUCGACAUGGCCUGCAGUGAUGCUGAUUUGGCCAACUUCAUCCAAGAAAACUUCAAGAAGAGAGAAUGUGUCUUUUUUACAAAAGACACCAAGUCCAUGGGUAACUUAUGUAAAUGUGGAUACCCUGAAAAUCAGCACAUAGAGGGCACCCAGGUUAACACCACUGAAAAAUGGAACUACAAGAAGCACACCAAGGAGUUUCCUACUGAUGCCUUCGGGGACAUUCAGUUUGAAAACCUGGGAAAAAAAGGAAAGUACAUCCGCCUGUCGUGUGACACAGACUCUGAGACACUCUACGACCUCAUGACCCAGCACUGGCACCUGAAGACCCCAAACCUCGUCAUCUCCGUCACCGGCGGCGCCAAGAACUUCGCGCUCAAGCCCCGCAUGCGCAAGAUAUUCAGCAGGCUGAUCUACAUCGCCCAGUCCAAGGGAGCCUGGAUUUUCACCGGGGGGACGCACUACGGGCUGAUGAAGUACAUUGGGGAGGUGGUCAGAGACAACACCAUCAGCCGCAGCUCCGAGGAGAACGUGGUGGCCAUUGGCAUCGCAGCCUGGGGCAUGAUCUCCAACCGGGAAACCCUCAUCCGCACGGCCGACAGCGACGGGAGCUACUUGGCCCGCUACAUCAUGGAUGACCUGAAGAGAGACCCCCUGUACUGCCUGGAUAACAACCACACCCAUCUCCUGCUGGUUGACAACGGCACCCACGGGCACCCCACCAUCGAGGCCAAAGUGAGGACCCAGCUGGAGAAGUACAUUUCAGAGCGGGUCAUCCCAGAAUCUAAUUACGGUGGGAAGAUCCCAAUUGUGUGUUUUGCCCAAGGUGGUGGGAAGGAGACUUUGAAAUCCAUCAACGUGGCCAUCAAGAGCAAGAUUCCCUGUGUGGUGGUGGAGGGCUCCGGGCGCAUUGCUGAUGUCAUUGCCAGCCUGGUGGAGGCUGAGGGCACUCUUGCUUCCUCCUGUGUCAAGGAGAGCUUGCUCAGGUUCCUGCCUCGCACCAUUUCCAGGCUCUCAGAAGAGGAGACUGAGAGCUGGAUCAAGUGGAUCAAAGAAGUCCUUGAGAGCCCUCAUUUACUGACAGUGAUCAAAAUAGAAGAAGCUGGGGAUGAAAUUGUGAGCAAUGCCAUUUCCUUUGCCCUGUACAAAGCUUUCAGCACCAACGAGCACGACAGGGACAACUGGAACGGGCAGCUGAAGCUGCUGCUGGAGUGGAACCAGCUGGACCUGGCCAGCGAUGAGAUCUUCACCAACGACCGGAACUGGGAGUCUGCUGACCUGCAGGAUGUGAUGUUCACAGCCCUGGUGAAAGACAGGCCCAAAUUUGUCCGGCUCUUCCUGGAGAACGGCUUGAAUCUGCGCAAGUUCCUGACCACAGAGGUCCUGAGGGAGCUGUACACCAACAACUUCAGCAGCCUGGUGUUCAAGAACCUGCAGAUUGCCAAGAACUCCUACAAUGAUGCCCUCCUCACCUUUGUUUGGAAGAUGGUGGAGGAUUUCCGGAGAGGUUUCAAAAGAUAUUACAAAACCAGCAAGGAUGAGAUGGAGAUACAGCUCUCAGAGGAAUGUCCUAUCACAAGGCACCCAUUGCAAGCUCUGUUUAUUUGGUCGGUUCUUCAGAACAAGAAGGAGUUGUCCAAAGUAAUUUGGGAGCAAACCAGAGGCUGCACUUUGGCAGCCCUGGGGGCCAGUAAGCUCCUGAAAAGCAUGGCCAAGGUGAAGAAUGAUAUAAAUGCUGCUGGCGAGUCUGAGGAACUGGCUAAUGAGUAUGAGACAAGAGCAGUAGAGCUGUUCACUGAGUGCUACAGCAACGAUGAAGACCUGGCUGAGCAGCUGCUGACUUAUUCCUGUGAAGCCUGGGGAGGGAGCAACUGCCUGGAGCUAGCAGUGGAGGCCAGAGACCAGCAGUUUAUUGCCCAGCCAGGUGUGCAGAAUUUCCUUUCCAAGCAGUGGUAUGGAGAGAUUUCAAGAGACACUAAGAACUGGAAGAUUAUACUGUGCCUGUUCUUUUUCCCUUUAAUAGGCUGUGGUUUCAUCUCAUUCAGGAAAAAGCCUGUGGAGAAGAGCAAGAAACUCUUCUUAUAUUAUGUGUCUUUCUUCACCUCCCCCUUUGUGGUCUUCUCCUGGAACGUCAUCUUCUACAUUGCUUUCCUGCUGCUCUUUGCCUACGUGCUGCUUAUGGAUUUCCAGAAGGAACCCACGGCCCUGGAGAUCAUCCUCUACGUGCUGGUCUUCAUUCUGCUUUGUGAUGAAGUGAGACAAUGGUACAUGAACGGCAGCAAGUAUUUCUCAGACCUGUGGAAUGUUAUGGAUACCCUUGCAAUCUUCUACUUCAUAGCAGGGAUUGUGUUCAGGUGUCACUCUGAUGAAAGCUCUUGGUAUUCCGGGAGGGUAAUUUUCUGUUUGGACUACAUAGUUUUCACCCUGAGGCUCAUCCAUAUUUUCACAGUUAGCAGGAAUCUAGGACCCAAAAUUAUUAUGCUGCAGAGGAUGAUGAUAGAUGUCUUCUUCUUCCUCUUCCUCUUUGCUGUGUGGAUGGUGGCCUUUGGUGUGGCCAGGCAAGGCAUCCUGAGGAAGAACGAGCACCGCUGGGAGUGGAUCUUCCGCUCGGUCAUCUACGAGCCCUACCUGGCCAUGUUUGGCCAGUACCCUGAUGAUAUUGAUGGUACCACCUACAACUUCGACCACUGCACCUUUUCUGGGAACGAGUCCAAGCCCUUGUGCGUGGAGCUGGAUGCCAACAACCAGCCCCGCUUCCCGGAGUGGAUCACCAUUCCCCUGGUGUGCAUUUACAUGCUCUCCACCAACAUCCUGCUGGUCAACCUGCUCGUGGCCAUGUUCGGCUACACUGUUGGGUCAGUGCAGGAGAACAAUGACCAGGUGUGGAAGUUCCAGCGUUUUUUCCUGGUGCAGGAAUACUGCAGUCGCCUGACCAUCCCCUUCCCCUUUGUCAUCUUUGCCUACAUAUUCAUGGUGCUGAGGAAAUGCUUCAAGUGCUGCUGCAACAAGGAAAGCAAAGAGCCAUCCAUUUGCUGCUCAAGAAAUGAGGACAAUGAAAUCCUGGCAUGGGAAGCUGUCAUGAAGGAAAAUUACCUCGUCAAAAUCAACACAAAAGCAAAUGAUUCGUCAGAAGAGAUGGUGCAUCGAUUUAGACAACUGGAUGCAAAGCUCUCUGACUUGAAAAGCCUUCUGAAAGAGAUUUCCAGUAAAAUUAAAUGAGUGCAGCUGAAAUCCAAGAGCAGCUACUGGAGCAGGUAGCCGGAUCUUGCUUAUUCCUUGCAUGGGCUGUCUGUCAGACUUGCUGGGGGCUGGAAUGCUGGCGUGCCAGAAUGGAUUGGAUUUCAGUAGCAUCACCCCGAGGAAAGCCUUUGGUCCAGCCCUGCAUCCCUAUUUCAGACUGUACAGGAACAUUGUGGACUUGUUCCCACUCUACCUGAAACCUUCCAGCAGAAGUUCAGCUAUUACAGCCCUGCAUGGGAGAGACAUUAAUUCAUCCAAGAAGUGUUUGCAAAGGCUUUGUGGGCAAUCCUUGCUUGCUUUCAUUAGUGAAAAUUUGUAUCCUGGCAAUGAUGGAACUCAUUGGACUUUUCCAGAAUGCAUUUGCUGAUGUUUGCAUUUGGAAAUGGAGAAGAGAUUGUUGGAACCUUUAAAUAGAGCAAUGCUUGAUAUGGUGAGGUGGUGCUUUGUGCUUUCUGUCUAAAAUAGCAGCUGAAUUCUGUCACAUUUGUUCGGUAUAGCUGAGAGCACAGCCGAGUGAGGGCACUACAAAUAGCAUUUAUUUACAUGGCAAAACAUUGUAUCCAUCUUCCUUCCCAGUGUCUAGGAAUCAUGGAAUCGUAGACUCACUAGAGGAAAGGACCUGCAAGGAUCACGAAGUCCAACCCCUGGCCCUGCACAGACACCCCAACAAUCCCACCCUGUGCAUCCCUGAGAGCAUUGUUCAAAUGUUCCUUGGGCUCUGGCAGCCUGGGGCUGUGCCCUUUCCCUGGGGGAGCCUGGGCAGUGCCCAGCACCCUCUGGGGGAAGAACCUUUUCCUGAUAUCCCACCUGACCCUCCUCUGACACAGCUCCAGCCACUCCCUCAGGUGCUGUCCCUGUCACAGAGAGCAGUGAUUGGAGCUGUCCCUCGGGAGGAAGCUGCCAGCCACGCUGAGACCUCCUCUCUCUCUCUCCUUCUUCUCCUUCUCUCCAAGCUGAACAAGCCAGUUGACCUCAGCUGUUCCUCAUACCGCUUCCCCUCCUGUCCCCUCAUCAUCUUCAUUCCCCUCUUUGGAUGCUCCCUGCUGGCUUUAUAUCCUUAUGAGACAUUCAGAGAGGUUGCUGUUCUUUUCUCCCUGCAUCUCAUGACCCAGCUGUACUGUAUGCUGUGCAUGACACCAUCCUGGGGGAUCCAGCACUAACAGUAGCAGUGGUAUUUGUUUACAUGGGGAAAUAUUUCCUGCUGAAAAGGAGCCAGGCUUUCACUCAUUCACAUGGCAGUUAGCUUGCAUCAUACAUUC